AGCCAAGGAUAUCAAGUAUUAGUGACAAUGAAUUUCGAGUCACAGAGUGAGAUAGACUUAAUUCUGAGACUUAAUUCGAAAAUCUGUAAAGAUGAUGAAAGAGAUUCAAAAUGGAGUUGGCUUUGUAGCGCUAGGUAAAUUCUCAAGAUAAAUAGUUUUGUAAGUUCUUAACACAUAUGCUGACCUUAAUAAUUUCACUUGACAUACUCCCGGUUGAAAAGAUAGGUCAAGCAUGUUCACCAGAUCACAAUUGGGCACUGUGUGCUGCUUAUCUCUUACGAAUUAUUUCAAUGUUUUCAGGCUGCCAAAUGAGAUUUUCGUGAUAUUGAAAACUGAAAAAUAUACUCGAAGCUUGACUAUGUGCGUUGCUUUACAUGGCCAAAUGUGAUUGUACUAUAUAAUUUUCACAAAUCAGCUGAUUCCUGAAGUACUCUUUCAUUAUUCUCAACUAGUUUUCUUAUUCAGUUGUGCAUACCGUCCAAGCGCCGUUUUGGUGCAUGUUUUUCGUGCCAAAUUUUGCUUUUAGUUCACGGCUGUUUUUACUUCAUAUGCUUGGGCAGUCAUGCUACUUAAGUUCAUUUCGCCAGCUUCCUGUUAUAGCUAUUUGUGGAGCCACUGGGACUGGAAAGUCAAAACUAGCAGUAAAUCUCGCUAACGUUUUCGGAGGUGAGGUCGUCAAUUUCGAUGCCCUUCAAUUGUAUAGUGGGAUCGAUAUUGCAACAAACAAGAUAUCACAUGUUGAGUGUUUAGGUGUCCCACACCAUCUUAUAGGGAUCUAUCCUCCAGAAUUUGGACAUAGAUAUGAUGUUCAUUCAUAUCGAGACAUUUGUUUACCUCUGAUUGAAAAUAUAAGAAAUAUCAGGAAAAAAUUACCUAUUCUUGUUGGUGGGACUCAUUAUUAUUUGGAAGCUAUUUUAUGGGAGGAUUUUCUAGCUUCAAAACGUGCUACUUCCGACUCAACAAGUGAAUUCGAUAGCGGAGUUUCUUUUAUGCAUCCAUCGGAAUGCUAUGAUCUUUUGCGUACUCUAAAACCAGAUGUAGCCGCACAGUUGCAUCCGAAUAAUGUUCGUAAAGUAAAGAAAGCACUUCUCGAUGUUCUGAAAGAAUCUGUUCAAACUAAAACACAAACUGAAUUGAAUGAAAAUAUAGAAAAUGUAGAUUUAGAAAAACAAGUGUUAAAUCGAUCUAUUAAACCUCGAUAUCCUGGAGGGUCGCUCAUAUUAUGGCUGGACUGUGCUUCCGACGUUUUAAAUACUCAAUUGAAUAAGCGGGUGAAUAAAAUGUUGGAUUCCGGGUUAGUCGAUGAAUUGGACACUUUCCUUAAUAAGGUGGAUGUUUUGCCACCUAGAUUCAGUGAAACUGAAACAUCUGAUGCGCCUGACAUUGAAAAACGAAUUCGAGUGGAAAAAUUAAGGGCUUUGUUUGCUCAAGAGUUGGAGUCAGUUUCUGACCCUAUGUGUCGUCGUGGCCUACUUCAAAGUAUUGGACUCAAAGAAUUUUCGGAUUAUUUAGCUUUAUUACCAGAAGAACGUGGUACUGUGGAGGCAAAUACUCUUCUGAAGCAAGCAGCAGAGAAUGUUAAGACAGCCACUCGACAGUAUGCACGUCGUCAGGUUUCUUGGAUUAGAAAUCGGUUUUUACGACGUCCUGUAGAAGGUAGCAUUCCUGUUUAUCGUAUAGAUGUGACAGAUUUCUUAGAUUCUGAAUCUCCAGACAUUUGGCAUAAAACAAUUAUUGCACCAACUGUACGCUUAAUCUACAAUGAAUUGAUGAAAAUAGAUGGUUUACUCUUUGAAAACCUGAAAGAUAAUGAUUAUCUAAAAAGUUUACUUGAUAUCUAUCCUGAAGAUUCAUGUCCUAAAGCAGAAUCAUUUCUUUUGCCUAAAUCUUUUACUGAAUCCAAAAAUAACAACAAUUCUCCAUUCAUUUGUUCAAUAUGUUCAAAUAGAAUAUUUACACAAAUUGAUGGUUGGGAAGCUCAUUUAAAAAGUAGAUCACAUCAGAAACGUGCAGCAAAAUAUAAGAAAAGAUUAAUUAUUGAGAAAGCAAUGAAAAAUUUGUCAUCAUAAUUUUUUUGUGAAAUAGAUUAUAUUUUGUACAAAAGUUUUCUCAAUAAAUUAUGUUACAUAUAA